UGCGGCGCUGUCUCUCCACUCUCACGUGUCCUUCUCACGGUCACGGAUCAGAUCGUGGAUUUGGCUCAGACUCAGUGUCAGAGCCAUGGCUGUGCAGGUGUCUGAGUCGGAUCAGAUCAAACAGUUUAAAGAGUUCCUGGGGACCUACAACAAAGUGACAGAAAACUGCUUCAUGGACUGUGUCAAAGACUUCACCACCAGAGACGUCAAACCAGAGGAGUCGAGCUGCUCGGAGUCAUGUCUACAAAAGUACCUGAAGAUGACCCAGAGGAUCUCAAUGAGGUUCCAGGAGUAUCACAUCCAACAGAAUGAGGCACUGGCGGCCAAGGCGGGGCUCCUGGGGCCGCGGUGAUGUCAUCAGGAGGAAGGCAGGGCUCCUGGGACAGGCCUCAUCAUGUGACCUCUGUACAGUUUCAUGUUUGUGUGUUUUUUUAUGAUUUUCAUGUGAAUAAAAGUAUGAA